AUGCCCGCCGUGGCUUUGGGAACCUGGCGCGGGUCCUACGGCGACUGCGCGGACAAUGAUUACUCAUGCGUACGGGCCAAGGCCAAGGCCUCCGUGGGCGACUGGCUCGAUCUCGGCGGCCGCCACAUCGACGGCGCCAACGACUACCGGACCCAGGUCGAGAUCGGCGAGGCCGUCGCGGGCGCCGACCGCGAGUCGCUCUUCAUCACGACGAAGUGCCCCGGCGCGCUCGGCAUGCAGGCGACGAUCCAAUGCCACGAGGACAACCUCCAGAUGCUCGGCCAGUACGGCGUCAACACGUCGGGCUACGUCGAUCUCCUCCUGAUCCAUUUUCCCUUCGCGAUCAAGCCCGAGUGCUACGGCGUGACGACGUCCGCGGACUGCGCGGCGUCGCCCUACUACGACCCGGGGACCAAGGUCCGCCAGGAGACGUGGAAGGCCAUGGAGCUGCUCGUCAAGCUCGGUAAAGCUGUCGCCGUCGGCAUUUCCGACUACAACGCGACGCACAUCGAGGAGACGCUCGAGGUCGCCGAGGUGCCCGUCGCGCUGCACCAGGUCGAGUGGAACCCGAAGAAGCACGACGAGGACAUGCUCAAACUGUGCCAGAAGCACGGAAUCCAGCUCCAGGCCUGGUCGCCGCUCGGCGGCGCCGAGGGCUCCGUGCUCGGCGACCCGACGGUCAAGAAGAUCGCGGACGCGCACGGCGUCUCCACGGCUCAGGUCACGCUCAAGUGGUCCCUCCAGCGGGGCGUGGCCGUCGUGACGGGCACGGACAACAAGGACCACAUGGCGUCGGACCUGGACCUCUUCGGCUUCGCGCUCGGCGACGACGAGGUCGCGGCCAUCUCCGCGCUCCAGUAG